UUGCUAUUUCACAACCAGCUGUCACAACAUACAAAACAUGCUUUCAUAACAACAAAAAAACACAUUAUUUUCUCGCCGCUCAAGCAUGGUACUACUAUGAGUGACUACUUUUAUCUAGAUGUUGAAAUAAAACUCGCUGAAGAGCCGAACCAAUUGUCCGCACUAUACCUGAAGGGCAGCAUAGAGCGAUCGCUGACGAAAGUGUUCGGCGAAAUCGGUGGCCAAACUGAGGUUGAUCUGCUGAAAUUUGACGCACAGCGAAAGCGUAUUAUCCUGCGCGUGCCGAAAGAAUUCUACGUGAAGCUCCGCGCUGCCAUAACGCUGAUCGGAGAGUUCCAAGGAGUGCCCUGCAACUUCCAGGUAAAGAAGGCAUCGCCCCUGCUGCUCUCGUUGGUGGAAACGCACGUAGACUUUGCCGGUCAAACCGUCGCUUGAAUCAUGUCGCUGUGCAAAAGCUACG